ACUUUCAGUCUUUAUGUAUCUUUGUAUUUCAGAUAUGUCUUUUGUAAACUGUAUAUAGUUGGGUUUUUUCCAGUCUGAAAAUCUUUGUUUUUGAAUUGUUUCAUGUAAAUCACUUACAUUUAAUGUACUUACUGGUAUUAAUACUAGAUGUAACUAAACCAUUGUACCAAGUUCUCUAUGUCCCAUCUGAUCUAUGUUAGUUUUCUCUUCUUUAGGAUUGAUUAUUUUCUUAUUUUUGCCCCUCUAUUAGCUUAGAAGUUUUACACUCUUUUACUCUUUCUUAAUAGUUACCUGACAGUUAUAGCAUACAGUUUUAUCUUACCAAAGUCUAAUAUUAAUUUAUACUUUUACACACUCCCCAGAUAAUGCCAGAACUUUAAAUACUUUUGCUCUAGCUCUCUUGACUCAUGUUGUCAAUAUGAAUUAAGAUAUUAUUGUUUUUAUAUAGUAUUGAUUUAAAUUUAUAAAAAUAGUUAGCCAUUUAACCUUUUAAUUGCUGUUUAGUCCUUCAUCCCCAGUCUUCCAUUUGAGAUCAUUUUCCUGUUAUCUUAAAAAUACCCUGUAGCAUUUAGUAUUUCCCUUGGUUCAUGGCUGCUGCUGGAAAACUCUGUUUUUGUUUAUUUGUAAAGGUUUUAUUUCACCUUUAUUUUUGAAGGGUAUUUUUGCUGGUUAGCAAUUUCUUGGUUAGCACUGAUUUUCUUUCAAGACACUAAAGAUGUCAUUCCACCAUCUUUAUGCUUUUAUCAUUGCUGUUGUGAAGCCAGUAAUUAGCCUAACUUUUGUUCCUUUCAAGGCAUACUCUAUUUUUUCUGACUACUUCUAUGAUUUUCUCUUUUGUCUUUGAUUGUCUGUCAUAAGUUCACUAUCAUGCAUUCGGUGCAUGAAUUUCUUUUUACUUACCCUGUUUGGGAUUUGUUGGACUUCUUGGAUCUAUGGAACAAUGUAUUUCAUUGGUUUUGAAAAGCCCUCAGCCAUUAUCUUCAAAGAUUGACUCUGAACAAUUCCAUUUCUCUUUUCCUUCUGGAAAUCCAAUUAAAUAUGCAUUAGACCUUAUCAUACCCUCCUGUCUGUAUUUUCCAUCUUCUUGUCUACCUGUGCAGCCUUAUGGAUAAUUUUGUCUGGAUAUAAUUUCUAGUAAUUUAAAACUCUCUUGAGCUGCAUCUAAUCUGCUGUUAAGGCCAUCCGUUGAGUUUCUGAUUUAAGCUAAGUUACUUUUUAGUUUUGGAGUUUUCAUUAAUUUUCUUCCCCACUCUUUCUGUUUUCUAGUUCCUUGUUGAAAUUUUCAAGAUUGGGUUUUAUUUAUCUGAAUACACUAAGCAUUUUGGUUUAGUAAACUGAUAAUUCAAAUAAUUCAAAGCUAAUGGAUCUGUUUGUAUUACCUGUUGUCUCUACUGCUUCUUACCUAUGAUGUCUUUUUUCUUUGUGUUCCUGGUUAUCUUUGUGUAUGGGCAUUGUACUUGAACAACUGUUCGUUGAAAUAAUUUGAGGCCAAGAAUGAUGAAAUCUUCCUCCAGAGAAGAUUUUGUUUCCAUUGGUCAGGUCUGUAAGGGUGCUUCCUGUCUGGACCUACCAUGAUCUACAUACAAAGCUUAAAGUUUACUAGUUCACCUAGGUGUUACAAGGCCAAACUAAAAGGUUUUAUUUCCAGUUACCCUUAAAGUGAAACAUUUGAGGUUCCUAGGAAAUCUCUCCUCCUUUAAUGAGCCUUGGGCUUUGAUUUUUGUUACCCUAGUGCCUUGAAUGUGCUGAAGGUUGAACUCAUUUUGGUGCUGGUUUAUUCCUUAACCACAGAUGCCCUCAAGACAAAUAUAGUUGACCAUAUGAGUACUAAAAAACUUGUGAAUUUCUCUGACCCGAUGUAGAAAAAGAGUUCUUAAUUCUGAAUUGAAAUCUAGAUGCAAUAGAAGUCUGCUAAAUUUGACUGAUUUUUUAAUGCAUGGCAGAAAUACACCAUUAAAAAAGUAAAAAAGCAAUUAACGAACUGGAAGUAAAUAUUUGCAACUUAUAUAACAGAGUAAGACCUAAUAUAGUUAAAUGUAUACUUGAAAAGUGAGAAGGAUCAACAGCCCAAUAGAAAAAUGUGGAAAAGACAUGAACAAUUUACAAUGAUAUUAAAAAUUGUCAUUAAACAAAUGCAAAAUAAAGUGCAAUUGAGAUUCUACUUCUCACCUAUCCUAUUAAUGAAAAUUAAAAAGUAUGUCACAUUGAAAAAGGUGUGGGGAAAUCAGCACUCUCUUAUAUUGCUGGUGGGAAAGUAAAAAUGGGUCUGAGGCUCAGGGGAAGGAAUAACCUGGAUUCGUAGAUAUGGGAAUCAUUUGUGUUUAGAAGGAAAUGAACAGAGAUCACGCAGGGAGAGAGAGAGUAUGUGGAUUAAGACAGGAGGCCCAGAACACCAAUACUCAAGGUGGCAGCUCAACUUCCCGGAGGGUCAACCACCUGGGCUCUGCAGUCAGGCAGAGCUGGUCUUGAAAGCGAGUUGUAGGGCUCGGUUGCUGAGCACUCUUGGCGAAGUCGGUUACCCUCCUGUGAUCAGCUGUCACAGCUGGCGAAAAUGGGGAUCUCAGAGGGAUGCUGUUCAAGGACCUGAGAUGCGCCAGGUCUGCCUGUCUGUUCCCAGCACUCUGCAAGGCUAGAAAAGGAGGAACCAGUCCAGAAUCCCUGCAGGACAGGAAAAGGAGGAGACAUCUCAACAUGGAAAAACUCUGCAAUGAAAAUGAAGGAAAGCUGGAAAGCGAGGGAAAGCCAGAAGAUGAAGUAGAGCCUGAAAAUGAAGGGAAGUCAGAUGAGGAAGAAAAGCUGAAAGUGGAGGGGAAGUCAGAACAUGCGCGAAAGCUCCAGAAUGAGGGACGACCAGAAGAUGAGGGAUCACCAUAUGGUAAGGGGAAGCAAGAAAAGCAGGGAAAGUCUGAAGCCGAGGGAAAACCAUAUAGUGAGGGCAAGCCCGAAUCCCAGGCAAAGCCAGAGAGUGAGCCACGGGCUGCUGAAAAGCGCCCGGCUGAAGAUUAUGUGCCCCGGAAAGCAAAAAGAAAAACGGACAGGGGGACGGACGAUUCCCCCAAGAACCGUCAGGAGGACUUACAGGAAAGGCAUUUGGGCAGUGAGGAGAUGAUGAGAGAAUGUGGAGAUAUGUCACGGGCUCAGGAGGAGCUAAGGAAAAAACAGAAAAUGAGUGGCUUUCAUUGGAUGCAAAGAGAUGUACAGGAUCCCUUCACCCAAGGGGGCAACGGGGUGUCAGGGGAAUGAGAGGCGGAGGUAGGGGCCAAAGGGGCUUACAUGAUAUCCCAUAUCUUUAAUGCCUUUGGCCUUCAAUUCUGACUCCUCCAGUGAAAAUGUUGCUGACCCUGCUUUCCCUGGCAGGCAUUUGCCAGGCUAUGUGCUUUAACCUUAAGCUGAUACUUUGCUUUAGGUGUCACUCUUGUUACCAGCAGCCUUUUGACCCAACUACAGUGCUCUCUGUGUUUCAGUAGGGGAUUUUUGCCCACGUGCAUGGAAGAGAUGUUCAUGGUACACUGUAAAAUAACAAUAAAGGAAAAACAGUUUUCAGAACCGCA